AAUGACUUUAGAACUGCGCUGGCGCUGCAGUUGUCUGGAAGCUGGCAUUUUCAGCUUUCUGCAACACGGCGAAAAUAUUUAAGGCCUUGUAAUGCACGUGAGCGCUAUAGUAAGGUGUCACAGCGCCACUGAGAAAGGCGACAGAGAGCAGCAAUAGUCUUUGUACAACGAUUAGAUAGCAAAUCAAAAAAUCAUUACAGGCAUUCGCUUCUGCGCAAAUACAUCUGCACACGUUGCUAACGGGAAAAAUAGUGUCGCUGCACUCAAUAACAUAUUAAACAGAUGACAGUUUGUCAGACCGAUUGGUGUCAAUGCUGAGACCCUCGCCCAACGAUUCCAAGCUGAAGCUACUGAAGACCUUGCACUUGUCCAAAAACCUCGCUGUUUGCAAAGGCUCACGCACCGGCAAUACCGGCAACAAUUUAGAACUUAAAGUUCUAACACAAAUCCAGCACGUACCGUGAACACGUAUUAGGGCUACUUGGAUAACGUGAGCAGUCAAGCAAAACUUCAGUAGACUUUAUACAUUUGGUUAUUUGACAAUUCCUGGACAAUACAGAAGAUACCCUCUUACGUUCACUCUCAUCCUUCAAAAUGGUUUACGCCGAGCGCAUGGAACGUCACAUUUCGCCAACAGAUCAAGGAAACUCUAAUGCGACGAAUGGUAAGCCACAUGCCGAAGCUACCAAAUAUGCGAUGGAACAACGGUCAUCGAACAGCUCGAGUACUUCCAAUAAUUGGGGCAGCCAUAAAUCGCCGUCAGAGGAUAAAUGGAAAUAUAAUAAUAUGGUGCGCAACGACCGUGAAAAAUUCAACAGUUUGCAUUUCUGCUGAUCAUGGAUGCGCUAUGUUACGCUCGUAUUCCAUCCCCACCCUCAUACCUCACCCUUAGUUUAGUUAAUUCUAUUACCUUAGUUGUUGAGCUUUAAGUAAGAACCGUGCUAAUGUGAUUUUUAUAAUUUAGUCAUAAACCGGUGAAUGUACAUACAUACAUACGUACAUAUAAAGUCGUUAUAACAAAAAAUUGUGUGGUGAUUAAAAAAACUACCGAUGCCAUAUGUUAAUAAAUUUUGUUUAAGGUA